UACAGUCUCAGUCAGUCAAAGCUAAGCCUCAACAAUAUAUAUAAUUCCCAUGAACUCCCCAAACUCCCUCCAUUGUAGAUCUGCUCUAAUUUCUCUCUGUUUCAGAUCAGAGAGAUCUAAUUCCACAUUUGUUCCCCAAUUUCUCAUUUCUUCAUUAAGUGAGUGAACUGUAGUUAUGAUGGCUGCAAGGAAGCCUGGUUUAAUUGCUUUGUUUGAUGUUGAUGGGACUCUGACAGCUCCACGGAAGGAGGUUACUCUGAAGAUGCUAGAGUUCAUGAAGGAACUCCGAAAGGUUAUUACUGUUGGUGUCGUUGGUGGAUCUGACCUUGUUAAAAUUUCAGAGCAGCUUGGAAAGACAGUUAUUAACGACUAUGAUUAUGUAUUUUCUGAGAAUGGCCUUGUGGCUCAUAAGGAUGGGAAGCUUAUUGGGACUCAGAGCUUGAAGUCAUCUCUUGGGGAAGAAAAGCUCAAGGAAUUUAUCAAUUUUACACUACAUUACAUUGCUGACCUAGAUAUCCCAAUAAAAAGGGGGACCUUUAUAGAGUUCCGAAGUGGGAUGCUCAAUAUAUCACCAAUUGGGCGAAACUGCAGUCAGGAAGAACGAGACGAGUUUGAAAAGUAUGAUAAGAUACACAACAUACGCCCAAAAAUGGUAUCUGUGCUUCGUGAGAAAUUUGCACACUUUAAUCUCACAUUUUCCAUUGGGGGGCAAAUAAGCUUUGACGUUUUUCCUCAAGGUUGGGACAAGACUUAUUGCUUGAGAUACCUUGACGAUUGUCACGAAAUCCACUUCUUUGGAGAUAAAACUUACAAGGGAGGAAAUGACUUCGAGAUUUAUGAAUCUGAGCGAACCGUAGGUCACACAGUUACCAGCCCUGAGGAUACGGUAGAGCAGUGUACUAGUCUCUUCUUGGGGAAGCAAGUUGAAGGCCUCUGAGUUUAUUGAUGUUUUCAAUUGUAUUUCGUUUAUAAUUUAUGCAUGGAGAGAAUAAAUGAGCAGCAGAAUUAUCUGCUUAAAUCUGUAUUGACUUUAUAUUUACAUUCAUUUUUAUGUUUUCAAUGAUUCACCAAUUGUUUCA